GGCCAUCGUUCUACAUUUUUUGCUACUCCUAAGCAUUGCAGCAUCGCUUCAGGGUAAGAUUUUUGUCCAAGCUUCCUGUCCCAUCUACCUGACCAUUUCGCUGGAGGGCAAGACAAUGCACGAGUCCUGCCUCGAAGUCAACUGGGGACCCGAUUGCCAGACGCCGCCCGAAUGGAUUGGCAUCUUCCAUCAGGAUCCAUCGAUCUCAAACUUUCAGCCGGAGGUGCGCAUCGAUGGCAUUAGCAAUAAGACUGGCAAAGUAACGACUCACAUAAAAAUUGGCAAGCUGAGCUUUCCCGGAGGUUGGAAUCGUCACGAUGAUGAUCACAUUGCUCCCACCAAGUAUCCCAAGGGCAAGUGUUUGCCCCACUAUGUGGCCAGCUUCAAUGGCACCGAACUCUUAACGGUUGAAUGCCUCAAGAUUCAACCGAAUUGGUUGUCCCAGCUAAAGGGCAUCGCAAAAGCUCCGAUCAAGCGUCUCUUUCUGCCCGGCACACACGCCUCCGGGGCCUUCAUCACAAACUACAGCAAGACGAAGUCGGUCCUGGUGAAGGACUAUCUGGUGGCGCAGCACUUUGAUGUGUGGGCUCAGCUGGUAUUUGGGAUACGCUAUCUGGAUCUGAGUAUUGGGUAUAAGCACUUAGAGGGUGUCAGCGAUGCCGAAAACUUCUGGAUCGUCAACGAGAAUAUGUACAUCAAUCCUUUGACUGGCGUGCUGCGGGAUGUGAAACGUUUUGUACACCGUUCGGGGGAAAUGGUUAUCAUAGAUUUUAGCUCCUUUCCGAUUGGGUUUUACAAACAUCCCGAGCUCUACAGCGCACUCUUUCAGCUUAUUCGCCAAGAACUUGGGGAUGUGGCCUUUCGAAGCUAUAAGCCCGAUGAGCAUUGCUAUCAGCGCAGCUUUGAGGAGCUUAAGGAACAGAACAGACAAAUCCUGUUGCUCUUUCCGACAGAGGAGCUGCCACAUCCGGAUAACGAAUCCGAGCUGCUCUGUUCGCCUUGGCAACGUUUCAGCACUAGUUAUAUGAACAAUUCGGAAGUUCUGGACUAUAUGCGUUUCAUGUUCAGCAUGAAGCCAGAUUCUCCGGUGCAGGACGAAGGCUGGAUAUUUUGGGCAGUGAAGAGCAUGGAACAGGCCCUCAACACACAUAAAUUGCAGACAACCAAGGAGCGUGCAGCACUCAUCAAUCCCAACGUGAGCAGAUGGCUGAAGGGUCCAUGGGGUCUCAAUGCCAAUAUAGUGGCCAUGGAUUACUUCAGUAAUACAAAUAUUGUGGAUACAGCCAUACAUGUGAAUACCCUGAAGGCAUAUCUAUUGUCCCAUGAAAACUUUGUUAAUUUGGAAAUAUUACGUUAAGCUAGCAGUUGCAAUGUAUUUUCUACAACUAUUUCGAUUUGUGUUUGAAACAAA